CCUGAUGUUAUCUGCUGGCAACGCUCCCUCUCACACACACGCACUCUCUCUCUCUCGCACACACACACAAUCUCCCACUCACUCACUCUCCCAUCCAGGGAUCUUUUAUUAGCAGGAGCAGCGGAUAUAACGGUUCGCUGCUUAGAUUUAUUUUAAGUAUAUAAAGUUAUUUUCUAAUAAGCAGGACAACUCUGCUUUACUUUUUUUUAAACGUUGCAUUUAUCAGAUUACAUUUUUUUUGGCAAGUUUCUCUUUUUUUUUAAAUCUCACCGUGGACCCAAGAACUCAUCCCUGGUGGAAUAAAGCUGGUGUUUUAUUUUGCAUUUCAUUGGAGAAAAAGAGAGAGAGAGAGAGAGAGAGAGAGAGUAAAUUGGGCGAAGUUUAAAGACUUGGUGCGGACUGCAAUGAAGUGAAGGUGUGUUUAUCUUCGGCAGUAGCAGUGUUGGUGUCGGGAUUGGCGCUGCGGCGAAGAGGCAGCGCUUGGCUAGUUUGGGAACUGCACCACUUUGAGAAUCAAGAAUAAGCAACACGAAAGAUCCUCGCGCCUUUUUUUGUUGUAAAUAUCUAAUCUGGUAUUUUUUUUUCGUGUGGAGAUUACGAUCUACAGCUGCUUUUCUCCCCCCCCCCCUCUCCUCUCCCCCUCCUCCCUUCAACUUCCAACUGCCCAACUUUGAAAAUGCACCACUCCAUUUUCACUGUGUUUCUCACGCUGGAUUUCGCGAUGAUCGCCGCUUGCUUGUCGACCUGCAACACUCUCGACCUCAACCAGUUCAAGGAUAAGAGAAUCAAGGCCAUCCGAGGGCAAAUCCUCAGCAAACUGAAACUCACAAGCCCCCCGGAACAUUACCCGGAGCCAGAUGAGGUCUCGACAGAGGUGAUCGCGAUUUACAACAGCACCAGGGAUUUGCUUCAGGAGAAAGCGAACGAGAGGGCUGCCUCUUGUGAACGAGAGAGGAGCGAAGAGGAAUAUUACGCAAAAGAAGUUUACAAGAUCGAUACGGAUACAUAUAAUUCCCCUGAAAAUGUCAUCUCAUCCCCACAAUACAACCGAUACUUCAGACACGUGCCUUUUGAUGUCAGUUCAAUGGAAAGAAAUGCUUCCAACCUGGUGAAGGCAGAGUUCAGAGUAUUUCGUAUGCAGAAUCCAAAGGCAAAAGUCGAAGAACAACGAAUAGAACUUUAUCAGAUUCUAAAGAAUAAGGAGGUGUCAUCUCCGAGUCAUCGAUACAUUGACAGUAAAGUGGUACGAACGAGAACUGAAGGAGAAUGGCUAUCCUUUGAUGUUACAGAGACUGUCCAUGAAUGGUUACGCUAUCGAGAGAGAAACCUUGGAUUUAAAAUAAGUCUACAUUGCCCAUGUUGCACAUUUGUGCCUUCAAUUAAUUUUAUUAUACCAAAUAAGAGUGAAGAACUGGAAGCCCGAUUUGCAGGAAUUUCCGACAACUAUCCACGAGAUUUUUCCGGCGUUGACAAGGGGAAGCUUAAAAGUAAACACUAUAAUGGGAAAGCAGCACAUCUCCUGCUCAUGCUGUUACCGGCCUACAGACUUGAGUCUCAGCACUCCAGCCGGAGGAAGAAGCGUGCGCUGGAUGCCGCGUUUUGCUUUAGAAAUUUACAGGACAAUUGCUGUUUACGCCCACUGUACAUUGACUUCCGAAGAGACCUAGGGUGGAAGUGGAUUCAUGAACCUAAGGGCUACGAUGCCAACUUCUGUGCAGGGGCCUGUCCUUACUUGUGGAGCUCAGAUACUCAACACAGUCAGAUACUUGGCCUGUACAACAAUAUCAACCCCGAAGGCUCCCCUUCCCCUUGCUGCGUUUCUCAAGACCUGGAGCCCCUCACCAUCCUCUACUACAUUGGCAAAAAUCCCAAAAUUGAACACCUCUCGAAUAUGAUUGUUAAGUCUUGCAAAUGCAGCUAAGAACGAUUACAUCCCUUGAAAAUCCCAGGCUCAUCAGUGUUAAACAAAAGAACAAUACACGGUACUAGUUUGAACUAUUUGGAAACUUUUUUUUCGUUUAACUACCAACAGAAACAAAUGGAAUAAAAAAUGUACAUUGAAGGCUUUAUUUCUAUCCUUCAUCUACUAUUUUAGUGUGAUAGAUGAGACACAGAACCUUUAAUUUUUAAAAAAUAAAACACUGGAAGAAUUGUAAGUGUUAAUAUGUGAAAUAAAAUGAGUCCCACUUAGUGGAAAUGUUGUACAGGUCCCGUGCCUUACUUGAUCUCUUGUGUAUUGUUAUGCAGUUGGCAUCCUAUAUACCCCUUUCUUUGGGCACGUAUAAUCAAAUGUAUUGCUGGUAAGUUCAUUAAGGGGAUGUGUUAUUGGGUCAAUGUGGCUGGAAAGGAUAAGAAAAUUUGAAAUCAAUGUAAAUGGUCAAAUAUCAUAUUGGCUUGGAAUGCUGGCAGUAAGCGUUUGGGCCUAAACAUGAGAAUUGAUAGGAGAAAGUAGGAAGGCCAGGUGGAACACUUAAAAUCAAAAUCUUGAGAUUCUUAUCGGAGAAAUGUCUUCACGGUGAAGAAUUUCUGGCUAGAAAAAGAUUUGAAUAAUUUGGUGAGAAGGCUAACAGUUGGGGUUAAUUUUUCAAAACAGAAGUUCAGACAAUGCUUUUUCUCUCUCUUUCUCAGUAGUUUCAACCACAUAUUAACCUCAAAAAUGUAGUGGUACAGAGUCUUACUCAAUAAGUGCUGUUGGGGUAUUAAGCUGCAGCAAUCAGAUGUGGUUGAUGGAGAAUGCUCCAAAUUUCCCAACUAUUAAAGUCAAUGGCUAGUAGAUCCAGGUGGCAGAUAUUUUUCUCAUUAAAUAAUUGUACAUCUAUUUUUAUAUACUACUUUGCCAAUAUGAUUCCAAAGUUCGCCAGUUCUGGCGAAUCUGACCUUGUGUUUACAAAUCUUCGUGCAAAAUUGUGAUGCCCCUUUUGCAGUGCAGGUCAGAAGUGCAGAGGUCAGCAUUCACAGUUUGUGAGACUUGUAAUAUUGUGGGCCUCUAUUUUUAAUAUCUGAAAUACUGGCUAAGUAUUAACUCAGGUUCAGUGAUCUUUUUGCCAUCUCUUCAAUAAUCUGGGCUCCUGUUGAGCAAGACCACACAACAGGAGCAGAUUCCUCCAAAUCCAGGGCAAAUGUAUUUGCAAAAACAAAUGCAGAGCACAGAUAUAUCUGUUUUCAUUGAGUUUUCAGUUUCUUGGGUUCUGUAUUUAAACUUCAUCAUUAAAAGCAGUUCAUGAAAUGCACUUGCUCCCGCAUACCGAAAUGAAGGUGUGCAAAAUAACACUCGUUUUCUCCUUUCUCCAAAUUGUUCAUCGACCUAUAUACAAAAUUUCAACUCUGAUUCUUCGUUAAUUUCUGUUUUCAAAUCUAUCAGUGUGAUGCUUUAUUGUUGCCAGUUUAAUUAUGAGUGAACAAUUAGCAAACACAAAACUGAAAUGUGUACAGUAUUGUUAAAAAAUAAAGAAAAUAGAACAACAAUAUGAAAGUGAUGCUUCUGUUUACACCGAGGUUAAAACGUUUUAUCUAUAAGGGCAGCCGAGCAGGCUUCUCUGAGCAGGCACCCAUUCUGUUUCAGGCUGGAAACAGGUCAAUAGUAAUGAUACCAGGAUUGUGCCUUUUUAAUCAUGUUACACUAGGGAUGCUGUAAGAUGCUGCAACAUGGAAUAAGAGCAUGUGAAUGAAUCUGUGUCUGCAGUUCUUCAAGUGGUAUUCAUUUUAAGCGGAGACCAACUAUUUUUUCCACAGAACUAAAAUUAUUAGGGUUCAUUAAUCCAUUAAAACCCCAUGUCUUAUCAUCAUUAAUAUAGUUCCUUCAUGUGCUUUAUGAACACUGGGAUGCAUCCAUUUUCCCCAAGAGCUUCAUUACUUUCUUUUGUUGUACGACCUCAGAAGUUUAAGUAAUAGUGCUGGAUUCUUUUGUAGUGCUCUGCUGGUAGAAGAAGCAUGUGUGGUCGGAGCUGUAGCUGAAAGUUGGAGAAGCACAGAUCUCUCCUCCCCAUCCCAUAGGAAUAUUACUUCCUGAGCAGGAGAUCCAUGUUUUAAUCCUGCUCCACAAAGUCCACAGGAUUUCUGAAUUUGUUGCCUUUGUGUCUGUGGCCACCUGAUAUUGUCUCCUCAGCAGGAUGCUACUUAAAUCUUAGUCAAGAAACAGCAUUAUAACCAGCAACAUGAUUAUGAGAUGACUAACUUGAAAUAAAGGCUCUGAAUGGCUGGUGCAGACAAAGUCAUGGGUUCAGUAGUCAUUGUUUUAGGAAAAAAGGCAAGGAAAUUGAUCAAAUUUUCAAGACAAAUCAAUGCAGGCAAGAUUGACUUCCUUCUGCAUAGUAUGAUAGCUGUCCAGAGAGCUAUCUACUCUCUGCACAGCUCCAGUAAUAGUCCUGGUGGGUGACUCCAGUAUGGUGCAGGAACAGCAGGAAAACAGCCUGUAUAUCUAUAAUCAUAGCAUCUCACAGCUGAGGAGGGCAGGAAUAUCCAAGUGCUCGAGUUUAUUUAGUUGGAGAAUUAUAAAAAGUCAAUGUAAUCAAACUGUAAGCUCUUUUUUACUUCCAAUGUAUUUUAAUUGUGAAAAACUAUUUUAAAUAUUAAUUUCAAAAGUAUUCUGUUAUUAUACUCUGGGAAUAUCCCACUGUUGUGACUAUUUCCAUUCAUAUCUUAAGUGCAAAGUAAAUAUAAGGUCACUCGAAAAAUAUGCAAGAAACUCUGUGCUGAAAUUUCACAAGUUAACUCAUGGAAAUAACAGUGACCUUUGACAACUUCCUUAAGAUAUACAGUGGAAAAUAUGCUGAUGUAGUUGUACAAAUAAAAUAAAUAUCCAGAUUCCCUUCAUUACUUCUUAUGACUCACUGAUGUGGAUAGGGCAUUCAUUUAAAAAUCCCUGUGCCUGCAGUGCUCAUCAUACCAGAUGAUAAAACCAUGUUAACUAUUUUAUAACACUGCCUAUUCGUUUUAGAUCUUUUCCCCUAUGAUUUACAUUGUUCAUUGAGAUAUAAAGAGUAAAUCAUUUUAAAGGGUCCGUGCCUUCAAACAAAAAGUAGCUGGCAAAAUGUCUUUCAUUUGGCAAGUGUGAAGACUCAUACAUCAUCUUCAUUAUUGUAAUAUUGCCUGCAAUGAUACAUUUUGGCUGGAUUUACAUGUAUGAGGUAAUUGCAUCAUGUGUUUCAGACAAAUGACAAAAAAAUGUUUGCCAAAUACGUUUUUCAUGAAGACAGUGGGCUGAACUUAGUUCUCAUUUAACACUUUUUAAAGAUCAGUUAAAAUUCACAAACCAUGCAUUGUGGAUAAAUACGUGGAAACCGCUUCUGACAUUGAAGAUGCCAGUUGCAAGCACUUUUGUCAGGGAUAACCUAUCUUUAACUCUCUGAGUGUCAUUCAUUGUGGAUGGUGUGAGGGUCUCUAUAUAUGAAUGGCAUAAUUUUUCUUUUAAUUCUUAUUGAAAGAGAUAGGAUGCCAGAAUGUCAAACUAUGCGUGACUGCGCUGGACGCAGGCAAAUGUUAAAUGCUUUUUUUAAAUAGAAUCUAAGACCUAUCUGUAUUUUGCUCAGUAAAUGCUUCUGCUGAUUUUUUUCUUUGCCCCAUUAGGAUGAAGUUUAUUUUCCUCAGGAUUGCACUGAUACUAUUAAGCUUUCUCUUGUAAUGCUGAAGUCCUUGAAUCUAUUGUUUUU